CUCCGGACCGUGGUGGGAGGGCCGAGGGGCUGCCAUGGAGCGGCCGGAGCCGGACGCCGCCGCCGACGAGGCCAUGGACUCGUUCCUGGAGAAGUUCCGGAGCCAGCCGUACCGCGGCGGCUUCCGCGAGGACCGGUGGGAGGAGGAAUUUGAAAAGAUCCCCCUGUUUAUGAAGGAAGCGCCGUCAGAAAUUGAUCCCAAGGAGAAUCCUGACCUGGCUUGCCUCCAGUCGAUUAUUUUUGAUGAAGAGCGGUCUCCGGAAGAACAGGCCAAGACCUAUAAAGAUGAGGGCAAUGAUUACUUUAAAGAAAAAGACUAUAAAAAAGCUGUGGUUUCAUACACUGAAGGAUUAAAGAAGAAAUGUGCAGACCAUGAUUUGAAUGCUGUUCUUUAUACCAACCGGGCAGCAGCACAAUACUAUCUGGGCAAUUUUCGUUCUGCUCUCAAUGAUGUGACGGCUGCCAGAAAGCUAAAACCCUGCCACCUCAAAGCAAUAGUAAGAGGUGCCUUAUGCCAUCUGGAACUGAAAAACUUUGCCGAGGCUGUGAACUGGUGCGAUGAGGGGCUGCAGAUAGAUGCCAAAGAGAAGAAGCUUCUGGAAAUGAGGGCUAAAGCAGACAAGCUGAAGCGAACUGAACAGAGGGAUAUAAGGAAAGCAAAAUUGAAAGAAAAGAAGGAGCAGAAUCAGAAUGAGGCUUUACUCCAGGCCAUCAAGGCUAGGAACGUCCGGCUAGUCUCUGAAGCUGCCGUUGAGGAUGAAGAUUCAGCCUCAGAAGGUCUCGGUGAGAUUUUCCUGGAUGGGCUCAGCUCUGAGAACCCCUACGGAGCCAAGCUGAGUGUGGAUGACCAGGGCAGAUUGAGCUGGCCUGUGCUCUUUCUGUACCCAGAAUACGCCCAGUCAGACUUCAUCUCUGCUUUUCACGAGGACUCCAGGUUUAUUGAUCAUCUAAUGGUGAUGUUUGGUGAAACACCCUGUUGGGACUUAGAGCAAAAAUACUGCCCUGAUAAUUUAGAGGUCUACUUUGAGGAUGAGGACAGGGCAGAGCUAUACCGGGUGCCUCCCAAGAGCACCCUGCUGCAGGUGCUGCAGCACCCCAGGUACUCUGUAAAAGCCCUGACACCAGCAUUUUUGGUCUGUGUAGGAUCCUCUCCUUUUUGUAGGAAUUAUCUCCGGGGGAGAAAGGUGCACCAGGUAAAGUGACCGAGCCAGGCUGGGAGCCAGGCCCCCUGGAUCUCCUAUCUCACCCUCCUCCACCUGGAAUCCAGUGUACUUGAAUCAACUGGACAUACUCCUAGAAUCCAAGACUUUAUUUCUGUCACCUUGGGGACGGUCCUUCCUUGCAUCGUGCUUGGGGAGGAGCUGCUGACCUCCCUGGACUGCAGCCUCUCUGGUCAGAGUGCUGGGCUCCAGCUGGUCUUCACCCUCCUCUGUUGAUACAAGACUCCGCACCUUGGUCAUGACAUCUGUGGACCCACUGUGAGCUGCGAUAACCACCAGCCUCCAUCUCUGACGGGACCAUCUGUUGCAGUUAACCACAGCGACUCACCCGAGGAACUCACUGGCCUGUGGACACUGACUCAGGAUCCAGUGACACGGUUCUGAACUUUGUGGAGUUAGAGGCCUUAGAGAAGCUACCCCUCAGACUGCACAUAUCCACAAACCACGCAUGUCAUUUUAAGGCACUAAAGAGAUUCCGGCCUCCAGUUAUUUCACGAGCAUAGAGGGGUGCUCUGUGGGGAUGCCGUAGAUGCCUCGGGGUGAGAUGGGGCCAGGAGAGCCGCGUCUUGUUUCUGCAGCUAUAAAGACCUACCCACUGGGGUCCUCCAGAACCCCUAAAACAUUUGCCAGUUUUCCUGACUUCUGCUGUAUGGAGAACUGUGACAGACUUGGACAGUGGACUCUGAGUUCCUCUCCAGUUUUCACAUUUUAGGAUUUUGUGCCUUUUAAACUGGAAAAUCUUUUUGCAUGUUGAGUCACUGUCCUAGGUUGUAUUUUUGCGUGCAGCUGUUUGCUUCCUCCUUCCUGGAGGAUUUUAUACAUCCUUACCUGUAGCCGUGUGACUUCUUACAGUGCCACCCCAUCCCCUAGGGAGGAGUGUACUUCCCUGCUCCCCACGCACAGGCUGUGAGUGGACACGUCCAGACAAGCUCAAGGAGCCGCUGCGUGGCAGGCUCUUGCUCUUUCCCCUCUGCCAUGAGAAUGUAUUUCCCAGAGAGGGGCUGUCCCCUCAGCCCGUGCGCCAGAAUGUAAGACCCGUGGAGCAGAGCUGAAGCAGCUGGCCCGCAGCCACUGAUGGUAACAAGAGUGAGAAGUGAAUGUCUGUUGUAGUAAUAAGCACUGAGAUUUGGGGGUUGUUACUAUAGCAAAGCUAACUAAUACAUCAUUAAACUGAAACCAGCUGCCCUUAAGACAGACUGAUUUGGGGUUUUGU